CCAUUUUCGCUGCUUUCGUUUCCUAGUCAUGUAUUUAUUAUUUUGCCCAAAAUGAUGAGCGUUGAAAUGCCUCUUUCGUCUCUGCCACUCAACCAGCCUCUAGCAUACGAUCCUUCCUUUAAAGUUGAAGUUCGUCUUCAUGAACCCUUGUGGAAAGUCCAAUUUUCGCCAGACGAUGUGGCAUUAGAGCUACUAACAUUAUGCUCUCAACUAGAAGUGUUGUGUAAAAAAGAAUACACGACAUCAACUGGUGAACUGGAAAGAGCACAUAAAGUAGAAUAUCAAAGUCAUUUUGAACCUAAAGCACAAUUUCUUAUUGAGAAAAUGAGAAGGAUGCUAUUGUUUCUACCAGAACCUCAACCAUCCCUUAAGGAAUAUAUGAGGCAAACAGGACUUAGUGUGUUAUUUCCAAAAGUUGCAUCAUACUUAGCCAACCCAGAAAGACCACAGUUUUAUUUACAGAAGUCAGCAAUGGAUGGUUACUUCCAGCAAUUUGCAAUGUUGAACCAAAUGGUAACACUAUCCCAGCAAUUAAAUAGUGACAUCUUCAACCUUGGUAACCAUAAAUACAUUGCCCAUCAAACUGCUCUACUUUAUCAAGCUGUCAAUCAAGCAGGCAACAGUAUGUCUGAUUACAAGAAGAAUAUUGAAGGAAAUUUUAAAGCCUUGAAGUCAAGUUUGAAUGUUUCAGGAAAAGAUGCUGUCCCGAAGUUGCCACAAGAACAGAAAGAUUGGUUGAACAAUAUAACCUCUACCAUUCUUGACAAAGUAACAUCACUUCCAGCAAACUUUCUCCAGCCAAUGGCAUCAGCAAUGAUAUAUGUAGAUCAGCAAAGACAGUAGGGAAAUAACAAUGUAGAUAAUUAUAGCACAAGCCACAAAGAUUAGCAAUAACUUAUAUAUAUUUGCGCAAUCAUUUCUUCGUGAUAUCCGUUUUCUUUAACAUGAAUAUUGUCAUUCGUUUGGCAUUUCUUUUCCUUUACUCUUCGUCUGUACCAAAUCAAGCGCUUAUAGGUAGGAUACUAGCACUCUGUCUUUGAAAUUAAUCAAAAUGGCAAAGGUAGUUAGACUAAGAAAGCAACGAUGUAAUACCAAUGAAUUUCCUUCAUACUUGAUCCCUUUUGGACAAAAAAAUCUUAUUUAAUUAAACAACAUGUAAGUAAUUAAAAAACAGUUUUGUAAUUAUUUAAUUUAUAAACGCACAUGCAUUGUAAAUUCGUGUUUGUAAAGUAUUGGGAUAUUAGAAGAAUAAAGUGAUUUAUACAUUUGG